UUUAGCGGAGAUCGUGUUAUUGAUAAAACGUCCAGGCCACUUUAUCAGGAACAAAAUGGCAGCCAUUUAUAAUGUUUUAGCUAUAACUCUGCUUUACUUUUCCUACACCAAUGCUGCCCAACAAUUCUGCCAAGACAUCGAUACAAAUGCUUGUAAAUUUCUAAUGAAUACGAAACCGGAUAUGUGCCAGGACAGUUGUUUCGCAGAAGUUUGCAAAAAGACAUGCAAUAUGUGCCCUUUAGUUUGUUAUCAGUGCAACAGAGAAUUCUAUCCUGAGUUGUGUAAAAAGAAAAUUCAAUGUAAUGAAACCCAGAUGUGUGUUGCCUCCCAAGAGCUGUCGGUGGACUUCCUCCCUGUUUAUGUCUCUGGCUGUAUGGAAAAACAGACAUGCCUUGAUAUCUUUGGAGAAAUCAACUCAGGCGCGACGAGAAGAUCUAAACUAGUACUCGGACCAAAACGAGACUAUGCUUUAAACGGAAGUUGUUGUAAUCACGAUUUAUGUAACGAACACGAUCCUCAAAAUACUGCAACUGCAGCGCCAUCAGCUUUAACUAGACCAACAGCGUUACCUGUGCAAUACGACAACUUGUGUGAAUUAUCAGACUUAAGUACAGAAUUAUGCCAGAAUCUCUCCAAAGUAGACCGAAAUCUCUGUUCUCGUCCAUGCUUCGCGCAGAAGAUUUGUCCAACAACAUGUGGAACUUGUCGGCUUUGUUACAAGUGUGUUAAUGUUAAUGACCCAACAAGCUGCGUCAAAUCACAAACAUGCCACAAGAACCAGCAAUGUAUUGUUUUGCACACACUAGAUGACAAUUUCAACCCGACUUACAAACUGGGGUGUGCAGAUGAAAAUAUAUGCCAAGCUUACUUUGGAGGCACUGGAAUAGCGGGAAUCGCGGGUGUGGCUGGACGGAAAAGAAAGGAUGACGGACUGGCCGGACAUUGCUGCGAUAAAGACUACUGUAAUGGACCUCCUCCUACCACAACGACAGAAGCCACGACAUCACAUAGCACCACAGGAAUGAGUCCAGACACAUCAACAAACGCACCUCAGAAUAUUACAACCCCUGCUACUCAAACUACAACUGUAACCCUGCCAACACUGCCAGUUCCCACUCAGACGACGCCUGCACCAGAUCCAACAUGUGCAGAUGUAAGCAGCAACUGUGCCAUUGUCUCCUAUAGCAUUCUAUGUAACGCAAAGGAUAACUCCUCUCUUACCUAUGCCAUUGAAAAUUGUCCAAGUACCUGUCGCCUGUGUAAAGAGUAUGAAGCUUGGAAAAAUUCACAAGUCUCAACUACGCCGGUGACUACACCGUUUCCCUGUGUUGAUGCUCUUCCUAGCUGUUCCGUUUACGGCCCCGUGUUCUGUUUGGAUUCUACUCCUGCAACCCGACAAUACGUCAUUCAGUAUUGUGCCUUGACCUGCAACCUGUGCUCAGAAUACUUUAAAUACAAAGAACAACACGGGGCAAUCAGUAGCGGAUAAAAUAAUCUUCGAUAAAUAAUUUUUAUUUCAAUAAAUGAGUGUUUGUG